AUGAAGCUGAUACUGUUAAGCAACGGAGGUUGGUCCUUACUCUUUGGUGAGCAACAUGAAAACCCCCUGCCUCUUUUUGGAUUCCUAGAUCCAUCCCGGAUAUCAGAUAUUAUUAACUUUUAUAAUUGGGAAGACAGAUUAGCACUGGGAGCGCUGUCGGCGCCUAUCGUACUGAUGGUUAGCCGAAAACGUGAUGGAAACGGAGAUAUUAUUAUAACAAAAUAUUUACGAUGUAAAAAAAAGGGUUGUCAAACAUGGCAAUCCAUUCGUAAAGAAAAUCUUUUUACAUACACCGACAAAAAUUGAAAAAAUAAUAGUAGAUCAAGCUUAUGCGAAAUAUUGAAACUUGUUUGGUGCUGGACGAAUCAAUUUAAAAAUAUACAAACAGAAAAUAUUACGGGUAAAGGACAUCACACAGUCUCAGAUUGGUAUAAUUUGUGUCGAGACGUUGUCGUCGAACAGUUUAAACAUCGACGAAAAAUGGGAGGUAAAGGAUACAUCGUACAUAUUGACGAGUCUCUUUUCCAAGGCAAACGAAAGUACAAUAGAGGCAUAUUACGGCUUGGCGAUCAUAGACCUAAUGAUAAUGCAAAUUACUAUUUUGAUUCAAGUUCUUGUUCUGAUUUUGAAAACGAUUCUGACGAAGAAAAUCAAAAUAUUGAAAACCAAAACAGAAAUUACGGAAAUCGCGUUCAAGGACCCUGGGUGUUUGGUACGUGCUGCUUGCGUCAAGAUAAUAUUUUGGAGCGUCGUUAUUUUAUAAUUGAUAAAAGAGAUCAUGAAACAUUACUUCCCAUAAUUGUCCAAGAAAUAGAACCGGAAACCACAAUUCAUUCAGAUGAAUGGAGAGCUUACAGUACUCUUAAAGAACGUGGCUUUCUUCACCAAACAGUUAACCACAACAAAAACUUUAUAGAUCCACGUACAGGGGCUCAAACACAGACUAUUGAAUGCUUAUGGAAACACGUGAAAGUAAAGUAUGGAAUCAGAGCUCGUUGA